AUGUACUCCGCGUCAACAACAUCGACGACCACGUCGGGAUCACGUGGCGAUACUGCUGCGGGUUCGUCGGAGCGGCGCGUCCGCGUCGUGCGUUUGCUGAGACCGCGACGGGCAGCUCCAGCGUUCGGGUUCUCCUUGCGCGGGGGCCGGGAACAUACCACAGGGUUCUUCGUAUCGAAAGUAGAUUUAAACUCCGAAGCUCAUCUUCAAGGUUUAAAGGUCGGGGAUCAAAUAGUGAGUGUGAAUGGAUAUCGGGUGGACGACGCCGUGCACGCUGAGUUAGUACACUACCUCACUUCGCAGUCCAGACUGAAGAUUAAAUUGCGACACGUCGGCAUGAUACCUGUCAAAGAAAAGGAGUACGAGCCUCUGUCUUGGCAGUUCGUGUCGGAGCGCACGUCGCUUUCAUCCGACGUGUCCUCGUCGCCGACACUGUGCCAUAACACGGACCACCUCACCGAAAUGCGCCUCUCAAUAUUGGUCCCACCGAGAGCUAAACUUGGCUGCGGAAUUUGCAAAGGACCAGACUGGAAGCCUGGGAUUUUCGUACAAUUCGUGAGAGAUGGUGGUAUAGCAAAAGAGGCUGGUUUACGACCCGGUGACCAGAUUUUAUCAUGCAACGGUCAAGAUUUCACAAACGUUUCCUUCAAUGAGGCCAUAUCAGCAAUGAAAGUGAUUGGGCGCCUCGAGCUGGUUAUUCGGGAAGGCGCUGGGACUGAGUUAGUGUCACCGGAGAGUUCGGGAUACAACAGUUCGGCGUCCUCAGCAGCAGGCGAGCGCAGUCCAGCACCAAUUACUCCCGUCGUUCCGCUGGCUCCCCCAGCAGCAUUACGACGAAGACUAGCAAGCGUCGCUGAGGAGGCGGCUGAUAGAGCUGACAGAUUGACCCUGAACAGAAUGAAGAGAAGAACAUGGGACAGUCUAGAUUUUAAAUGGAAGAAAGACGACACACACAAUUUCGAUGCACCCUCUGAUAUAGAGCCCGAUUAUGACAGCCCUAGUAUUCCAAACAACCCACAUACGUACGAAAAUAAGACUCACAUGAAAAAUAAACUAGAAUUUGAACCUGCAAGGGUUACGAGUCCAUUAAAUAGAACUAUUAUAAACCUGACAGAAGAUGGCGCCACCAUACAGUGUAGCUAUGAUAAUCAGACUCCUAGAAAAAGUGUUUCAGCGAAUGAGACGAACAGAGAUAACGAUAAGAAGACUUUUGUAGUAGAAGUGCAUCACAUGACGGCUGCUUCUUGUGCCAAUACGCGUUGCAACUUCCCACCACCUGUGAAGAAUGAUGUAAAUUCUGACACAACAAGUAUAUCUAGUUCUGCGACGUUAUCCAGCGCUAUCGCCGAGGAAAUACAAAGACGGAAAAUGAAUAAGAAAACCCCACCGGACAACAAUAAAAUGCCAAAUCCAGUAAAAAAGCCGACUGUUCCAAAACCGUUAGAAAAUGAUAAGAAAAAGCAACACGAUGCAUUAAUAGAUGAAUUCAAGAAAGUCCAUCGUAAAAUGUUCGCAAACCAAGAUGUGACAAGCGAUGAAACGGAAAAGAACGUUGGAGACAGCACAAACCGUAUGGAUCGUCAAUCAUCGCUGCAAUUAAGAAAACCCGAGGCCAUCGCAACGGAAUCUCUCAAAAUUAAUGGUGAAUUACAACACACGGAAAAAACGGACAAUCCUCCACCUCCGCCUCCGAUGCCAAUAGCGAAUGGUCAUCAAAACGGUGAAAGUAAAAGCGUUAAUAAUCAAAAGCCGAAACCAGAAAAAUUAGAUCGUGUAAAUUCGAAUAUAAGAAAGAAUGGAACACUUAAUCGAACACCGACUCCUGAUUAUAACACCAAAAGCGAUUCCCAAUUACAGUAUAAUUUAAAAAAUAUUAAAGAAGAAAAUGCAGAAAUAGAGUCACUAGAAUCCUACAAAUUAAAAAAUCCUCUAAAUGUUCAACCUAAACCACCAUCUAACUAUUUUAUUAAAGCGCCAAAUGGAACGGCAACUAUGAAAAAAAUUGCUCGACCCGUAUCAGUUACUAUAGGGGAAUACGUUAAUAAUGUCGGCAGGAGGGAACCAUUAAAGUUAGAUUUUCUUAAUGGAGAUAAAGUCGAUGGUCAUUUAAUUCCUGACGAUGAACCUAUAUCUAGUAGACUGCAAUCGGAAUUAGCUCUUACACUUUCUAGAGCCAAUUUACGUAAGAAGACUGAAGCCUUGGCUGAUGCUGGGCGAUGA